UUACCGUAGUCCGUGUGUCGCAAUGGAUGGAGUGCACCACUGGCUCAUUCGGUACACCGUGGGGCAUCGAAUGUAAACAAAGGCUCGAUAAUCUGGCUUAUCGAGAUGGCCGGGGGCAAAUUUGAAUCACAAGUCAGUCACAAGGUGUACUGAAGAAUGGGCAAUGGCUUGCCGUGUUGUGCUGUGUGCGUGCUUACAAGCAUUUUUAUUCACAGCGUGUUUCGUUAGGCUUGCCUCCGAUUUGAAUGACCGCCAAACGCUGAGUGGAUUUUAACACUGUUGUAUCAUCGAAAGUCUACCGUCUGUGAAGAACGUUACUCACGCGAUAAAACAGUGGAAGCCUAUGAUGUCCGCUCUCUAUAGACCAGAGAUACUGCUCCUGCAGUGGUGGAUUUGUUUCUUACAUUAUACUGGAACUUUGGCUACACGUUGUGCCUUUCGAGGUCUACCCGAUGACCCCUGGGGUCACCACGAUCAGUCAGAGCUGCCUCCAGGGGAAGGCUUCAAGGAGUGUCCGUGGGGCUGCUGUUGGGAGCAAAAAUAUGACAUCUGUUGUUCUUUUCCCAUGGAGGUGAUUAUCAUGGGAGUAGUUGCAGUCCUUCUGCUCAUCGUUGUCGUCGCUGCUGUAGUCACCGUUGUCUGCUGUCUGGCUAUAAAGAGACGAGAUGUCCUCCAGGAGAGUUGUCUAGGAAAACCAAUUUGUUGCUAUGGAAACGAUCCUGUUCGUAUCGCCAACACGGGAGUAUCGUCACGCCCACAGUGCCAGCAAGAACCUGCCAGUACCUGUGAGAGUACAGAUUACGAUCCAGAGAUUGCGUAUGGGGUAUAUGACAAUCGUGUCGUGUGCUCCUGACGUAGGCUUAUGACCGUAAUGAAGAAAAGGAUUAGGCGUUUCUUCUGUGACCUAUUUUCUGGCUAUUCCACAUUAACUGACCGGACAUUAGGACUAUAUUUUCUUACAAUGAUAACGUGUAAUUCAGUGUCAAUAAAUUUAUGUCAACUUUAAAUGAUCAGAACAUUUGAAAGACACAUUAAGAAUCAUAUGAAAUGCAGUCAUUUGAAAAAAAAGUACUUUCUGCAAAUUCUGUGACGUGUUUAGUUUUGGUAACUGACGGUACAGAACAAAUACCUCAAUUGUCUCGUCAGUUAUUGUGGAAUAGCCCUUUCUUCAGUGCAGAGUAAAACAAUUUUAUUGCGCACUGUCAUCAUUUUGUUUCUUCAACGUUCUGAAAAGGUUACAGAAAUUCCACUUCAUCCUUAAUAUUAUUAUUUGCUGUCACUAGGACCCAAAAUGAAACUGGGCGCCUGUACUACGAUCAAAAACGUAAAGCCUAUACUCUACCCCAGAUAGCUGUCCCCAAAUAAACACGGGCACCUCCUUGAAAUGCUUUUGUUCAACAAACAGAAAACAAGGGGCUCAAACAUCUCGCUAUUGUCCUAUUCCAAUCGUUUUCGGUCAGCGCAUGUCGCGUCGUUUGCUUUGACCUGGAUAAAUAAAAAAAUGCUCAAGUUCAAGUCUGAACCUUAACAUAUUAUAUUCUUAAGUUCAAGGUUGGACAAUGACAGAUGCGCUAAAAUUCAACUUUCAACCUUGAAAGAUACGCUUAAGUUCAAAUCUGAACGUUGACAGAUUCGCUUAAGUUCAAGUUAGCACCUUGACAAAUAUGCUUAAGUUCAAGGUUUGAAAUCGAAAGUUAAAACAUCUUUAAAUCUUCCAGGAAUACUGUUGUUGCCUCUUUUUUGUUUUUGUUUUUGUCUUUUAUUAUUUAAGAAAAAAAAAAUUCAGUUUUUUACAGACACCAUGACCAAAUAAAUGUAUAAUUAACCCUUUUUCUAGACAUUAUUAUUUUGCCCUCAAAUUCAAAUGCUUUUAAAAGAUUUCAAAAAUCAUUCAUUUUGUAUGGUUUUAGAAAAAUAAUAUAUAUUUUAUGUAAACCUUUAUCAUGGUUGAUUUGACCACCACGAUUUAUUGGAGCAGGCAACAGCGACAAGUGAUUUUUGUUUUCAUGUAGAAAAAAAAGCAUAAAAGAAUUAAUUGAUAAAUAAUAUAACAGUCGCCGAUUUAUUCAACGUUUUUAAUCGCACGAAUUUGACUCUGGGCCUUCAAAUCGAGCAGUAGUGGGCAAAAAAAUGCCUAGAUCUAGUUACCUAAGGCACACGCCAUGGGUCUACAUAGCACUGUUCUUGUCAUCGAUUCAGUGCAAAUCUCUCAGGAAAUAGGUAGCGGUAAAGCCAAAUCUCCCUCCCCCUCCCUCACGUCUCCACGCAUCAGCACUUUCACAGCCUACUCUUUAUUAAUUUUUACAGAUGCUUGUUAAGAUCUGGCACCUAGUUUUUAUUUUAAUCAGGACGAAAAAUCUCGGAGGGCUCGUAUGCAGCAUUACCACCCUGGCAUAAUUUAAAAUUCUAAAAAGCCCUACCGUAAAGAUUAACAGGAUCAUAUAGAUGAAUAGUAAGGCAAAUCCUUACUGCCCCCCCCCCCCACCCCCUUUUAUUCCAAACUAUUGAAUCUGUCAUUCUUUUGGAUCAUAUCAAGGGAGUGAAGUAAUACUUGGACAAUCUGCUCCCUCCAUGUCUAUCGCUCAAGCAAAGCUCUAUCAUUCAUAUUGCUUUAGUCACUAUUGAUAUCGAUGGACAGCGCUCAUAUUACCUUAUGCAGUUGCGAGCGCCGUAAAACCUUACUAAUAGUAAAACAGGAGAAUCACGGAGACAUAGUUGCAACCCCAGUGUAAAUACCACACCCCCGUGCCCCCACCUUUCCCUUUUACGAUCACUGUGGCUGUUGCGAUAUUACACACGACGUGAAGCAGUUCGAAAUGAGGAGGAAAGACAUUUUACUUUGACCAGGAAUAUGUACUGCCAAGAAAAGUGUUAGUAAUGCGGCCAAGUUUUGAUCUCGGCGUAGAGUUUAUCCCCAGGACAGAGCGUGGACUUCAUGUCUCGGUGUCCCCUCAGGGUGUAGUUGGUGGCGAUCUUGCCUGAGUCCACGCCGCACUUGAUCAAAGCCUUCACAGAGUCCAUCUGGGCUUUUGUGGGGAGGUGAGUCAUGAAGUUUCCAGACAGGCAAAACCCUGAGAACAAAAUUCAUCUUUCACGAAAUACUGAACUAACAAAAAAGUGGUUGAGUCAAUAAUAUGUCAGUAUACUCAUUACGCGCAUUGGUUCAUUAAAUACUCAUGCUAUUUACCUGAAAUGCUUGAUUCAAUUCGUUUUCCUAUGGAUUUUUCCAGUCUAAUUUGAAAUGUCUUUAUUUAAUUAGUGUUAGGGACUAAGGAUGGACGCGGGGUGUGCGCGUAUGUGUUUUGUUUUGUUUUUGUGGAUGGAGGGUGUUUUGACUUUUGAGGGGGGGAGGUGUUGUUGUUGUUGUUCAAUCUCAGAAUGUUUCGAGGCUUUGGGUUUGUUGUUUUGAUUUGUUUGGAAUUGACGGAUUAAAAAAAAAAUUCAGAAGUGGGGAUAGGUUAUCAUUAUUUUCUUUUUAUUAUUCCCGACGCAAAUGAAAGUGAUAGUAAAACAGAACAGAGGUAAAAAAAAUAAAGACCAUACUUGAGCGGCCGUCAGCCAUGAACAAAUGAAUGCCCAGCUUUGGUUAGCCCCGUAAAGCAGGGUCGAAGUAGCCGAACCCCUACAAUAUAAUCUAAAUUGUGUCCAUGGGACUGAUAUACGAUCAUUCGUAAUAACGUUGUUUAUUUGUUUUUUCACUGAUGUCAUUUUCAUUGUUCCUAUUGUUAUUUUCCAUACUGCUGCUCAUUGUCCAGCUGGUUUUGUACCCAUCUGUGUGGAUAAUUAUUAUAUGUGUUUAUCAGAAGGACAAUGACAACCUCGUCAGAGAAGUUUGUAUUUUUAUUGACGAAAUUAGUCGCGAGCGGCUUGAUUAACUAAAUUUGAAAUUUUACAUUACGACGGGUCAAUUCAAGAAACUCGAAUGCCACAUUUGUCCAAGAACGAGUAUUGUUUUUGAAAUUUUAUUUGUACUUCUUUACAGCCUGAUCCUCACAUCGAAUAGAUAUGUGACUGGGAAAAAUUUGCGGCAACAUAGAAGCAAAACAAGUCGAGUUUACACAAAUGAGGCACAUGAGUUUCUUGAAUUGAACCGUCGGUAAGUGGUUUGAGGAAUACUGGCCCUGUUUUCAUAAUGCUCACAGCUAUGUACUCACCUAAACCUACAGUGUUAUAGCCCAGGGUAUGAGCACCAACUUUAUCCCAGCCGCGUCCUUCAAAGAUGUCGCCAUUACCGCCCACCAUAAAACUGUAGCCGACGUCAUUCCAUCCUGGGAGAGUCAGAAACAUUGUUUUUAAAAGGCAAAGAUUGAACAUCUUGUUUGGCAUCAAAGCAUAACAAUAUAAGUUUGCUUUAUAACAAGUAAGGCCCCAAAAUGGAAUAUGGUAUAACUAUUUUCGUUUAUGAAAAGUAUAAUAAUAAAUGAAAUACGAAUUAUGUGUUGCUUGUAACUGUUGCUUGUAUAAAAUAUGAUAUUAUUAUAGUAACCUACGGGGACGGGUUGAUAUUGUUCUUCACUACAGUGUUUUUGUCCCGUACCUAGCAAUGUUUCCAUACGAUUAGCUAGAAGCAUUAAGUAAAUCAAACGUAUUUUAGUAAUACAUUUGAUAACAAUCAUGUUUGAGAUUAAAAAGAAGACAUUAGUCUUAGUAUGCCAAAUCAAAAUAUUGAAUCAAAAGAAUGGGCCAAAAUAAUCACGUCACCACAGAUAGCUAGCCGUUUUCUUUUCAUGAAAAACCUAACUGCGACUCCUCUGUGAGCUCAAAGGCGACCUCUGAUAUUUGGAUGAGGCAAAGCCGUUGGAAAUAGGGGAAUAUACUUUUUUACCUUUAUUAAAAGGCAUUGUUACCUCUGUCGUCCAUGUGGUAGUUCUGAUAUCCUCGAACUGUUCUCGAGCAAUUGGCCCUGGAAAAACACUCGCCCCCGGCCGAAUGGUGGAUGAAGGCGUACUUCACAGGUUGAUGGGAGAGGUAGGACACAGCUUUUGGAGCUCUGGCGCCCCAUUCUGUUCGGCUCACAAUGGAAGGACACGCCCCUGGACAUUGGUACAAAGAGUGAUAAAUAAAGGGUUGCAUUUUGUUUCCGCUUA